UAUUAUUGGUGCAUAGCUCGCGUACCGAACUGCGAACUCAGCGCAGACGGUUUUGAAGCGCACCGGAACGCGGCCCGCAAUUAGGAUUCUGGGCAUGCAAUGGCCGAUGAGCUCGUUUAUAGCCUCACAGUUGUAGUAAACUUCUUCAGUAAUUACUUCACAUGACACAGUGCCAUGGGCUUUCUGUGUAAAGAUAGGCCUUCCUUUUCACACCACAUGUCGCCAUUAGCGAUGGCGUGCGGCCGACCGGCUGCCGCUGUGGUGCUCGCCAUAUUCGUAUCGUUAGUGGCAUUCUUCUCGCCAAUCUCUGCCGCUAUCGCGUCCGUCGGAGUGGACUCUGUGACCGGCCUGUACAUACCCGGAUGGGCUGACAACCUCAACCCCGCCUCCCUGAACUACUUCAACACCUCUGGCCUCAACCUGACCGGUGUGAGCCACAUGUACUACGCAUUCCUGUGGAUCGAUGAGACCACGUACCGCGUGUACGACCCCUUCAACAACCUGGGCCUGCUGCGGGGCCUCAAGGCGCGCUGGCCCGCCACGCAGCUGCUGCUGUCGGUCGGCGGCGGCGGCUUCAGCACGGCUAUCUGGUCCGCCGCCGCCACCACGGGGCGCGCCGCCUUUGUCGACAGCAUGGUCGCGGCAGUCAAGGCCGCGGGCGCCGACGGCAUUGACAUCGACUGGGAGAUCCCGGGCUUCGCGGACCGCUCCGCCCUCACGGCCCUGGCCGCCGCACUGCGCAGCCGCCUGGACGCCGAGGCCGCCGCCGCCGGCCGCGCCGGCCACUACUGGCUGACUGUCGCCACGCCCGCCAUCUGGGCCGAGUCGGGCGUGUUCGACGGCUUUGACCUGGCGGCGCUCAAGAACUCCUUCGACCUGUUCAACAUCAUGGCAUACACGAUGCACGACCCGUGCUACUGGGAGACCCAGACGGCCUUCCACACCGCCUGGAGCGACUGCAGCACCGCCCUCAGCUACUUCAUCAGCCAGGGUGUGCCCGCCUCCCAGCUGGUGCUGGGCCUGGCCUUCUACGGCCACUCCUACACGUUGAUCGACGCCGCCACCUACACUUACCCCGCGCCCUCGGUGGAGAGCCGCGACUGCAGCAGCAUGGACACGCCCUCCUACCGCGCCGUCAUGCAAGAGCUGUCGUGGGGCUACGGCGGCGGCGUGUUCACGGACGCGGGCCAGCGCUCCGCCUACUACGUGCGCGGCACCAAGUGGGUGGGCUUCGAAAUCGAGGAGACACUGGUGGCCAAGUCGCAGGGCGCACGUGACUUCGGCGCUGCUGGCGUCAUGAUCUGGGACGCCUCCCUGGACGUGCCCGAGGGCAGGCUGCUGCGCGCGGUGGCCAGCCGCAACGCCGCCCCGCCGCCGGCCCGCCCCUGCGGCGGCGGCUUCAUCGGCACCGGCCAGUGCCCCGGCAGCACCGGCGGCAGCGGGCAGUGCUGCUCCGAGUUCGGGUACUGCGGCACCGGCGAGCAGUUCUGCGGCCCCCGCUGCCGCGGCGGCCCAUGCAUUCAGUAUCCCUCGCCGCCGCCCGCGCCGCCGCAGCCGCCGCCCGCCUGCGGCAGCGGUCAGGUCGGCGGCGGUCUUUGCGCCGACCCCACCCAGUGCUGCUCGCUGGCGGGCUGGUGCGGCGUGGGCGCAGACUGCGCCGCCGGGUGGUGCGGUGUGGGCUCUGACUACUGCGGCCUAGGCUGCAAGGGCGGCCCCUGUGUGGUCUACUCGCCGCCGCCCCCCGGGACGCUGCCGCUGUGUGGCGGAGGAGCGGUCAACGGAGGCCAAUGCCAAUACCCUGGAGACUGCUGCUCCCAGUGGGGCUGGUGCGGCACCUCGGCCGACCACUGUGGCGCCGGCUGCCAGGGAGGCGCCUGCUACCUGCCCACACCGCCGCCGCCUUCCACCUCCAGCGCACCGCCCUCACCCAAGCCGCCCUCACCCCGCCCGCCCUCACCCCGCCCGCCCUCGCCCAAGCCGCCCUCCCCCGCGCCUUCCGCUAAGCCGCCUUCGCCCUACCCGUCGCCGCCCUCUCGCACUGCCUCACCUCCGCCCCGGCCGCCUUCGCCCCGGCCUCCGAGCCCUCGCCCGCCCUCGCCCAAGCCGCCAGCUCCCACCCCGCGCCCGCCAUCUCCGCGCCCGCCCUCGCCGUCCCAGCAGCAGCAGCAGUCGCCGCCGCUACCUCCGCCCUCCCCAGUGGCGGUGGUGGGCACGUGCGGUGGUGGGGACGUCGGAAACAAGCUGUGCGCUAACCCGGAGGAGUGCUGCUCCGGAGCAGGCUGGUGCGGCACAGGCACCGACUUCUGCUACUGGUACUGCGUCGGCGGCCCCUGCCACUGGCCGCCGCCGCCGCCCCGCGGCGCCGGCCCCGCGCCGCCCGCGCCGCCGCCCGAGACGCCCUGUGGCAACGGCCAGGUGGGCUCGGGCCGCUGUGAGAGCCCGGGUAUGUGCUGCAGCUCCGCGGGCUGGUGCGGGGACAGCGCUGACCACUGCCUGCACUUCUGCGCGGGCGGCCCGUGCUGGAGCCCGCCUCCCGCCACAGCCGCCACGGUGGCUGCUACAGCUGCGCCGCCGUCGCCGCCGCCGCCGCGGGGCAACAAGAGCCCGCAGGCGAAGGGGCGCAGGCGGCAGAUGCGGGGUGGUGCUGGAGGUGGCGUUGGUGGCGACACGCGCGGCCGUCACGCCCGGGAGGAGCGACAGGAGGAGGCCGAGUAACGCGCUGUUGGUGUUGAUGAUGACGGAAUGAGUCCAGGGUGCACCGCAGAGGUGCAGCCCCUUGUAGUCUUGUACAUAUGUUACUGGUGAUUAUGAUGAUGGUAUUCAUGCCCUCGCACAGACAAGUGCAACACGUGCUUGAUAUAUCACCACUCCGCCGCCGAGACUCCGCGCUGCAGACUGGAUGGGGCCAUGCACCCGCCCUAGCUAGCUGCCCAUCACGAUGUGCCUCACCCCCGGACCUCCGUACACACACACACGUUUGUUUUCCUUGCGCUCUUCCACACACACGCACACACAUACACAUACACACACACACACGUUUCACGUGUGGCCCCAUCACCCCAUGCAUGCCACACAUUCAUGCCUCUGGCCCCGAGAAUUAAAGUCCAUUCCAAGAGAAUGGCCAUAGCGGAUGUUGGGAUUUGGGAAAGCUGUCAUGAGAUUCAGUAUUCAUGCCGGACUGCUGGCACGAUCAGACAUCGUCCUGCUGCUUCUCAUUCUUGGCUCCAGUGCAAAUCCAAUUCAUUGUGUGACAUGGCACUUAGUUGUUAUGAAGCAGCUUCGGCACGUGAGGGGUGGUCAAGUGUUGACACGUCACCCAGAUGAGCCUCGUUUGGUGCUAGUGCUGUGCUAUCGUUUGUGCAAGUGCAAAAUAAUCGUGGUCUUUCUAACGCAACGGUCUGGUCUACAGACAGCAUUUUCCCCUCGGGUGAGCGUUGUCAGAGCAGCCUUACUUUUGAACAAGCUUAUUCAUAUUGUGAGUUGCCUAUCAUUGGUCGAGGCUUGUGCUUUUAUGGCGUAUGGCAUUGGCUAGUGGCUCCGAGCAAGUGAUAGAUGGGACGCCUGGCUCAGCGCGGCAGAUGGCAUGUGCAGAGGAAGUCCAAAGGACAACGUCGCAUGCUGUAACCUUGGCUUGCC